AUGCCGCCAGCGGCCCCAGCAUCAGAAUACCUUGUGUCUCCUCUCAACGCAGCCGUCCCCCCCGCCGCCCCCGGCGAGGUCCCGCCCCUCUCGCUUGGCCCGCUGCCGCCGCUGCCAGUCCCCCUCCUCCUCGCGCCCAUGGCCGGCCUCACGUCGGCCCCGCUGCGUCGCAUGUGCGCCGAGGCGGGCGCCGCGGUGUGCGUGUCGGAGAUGAUACUAGCCCAUGAGCUUGUCGCGGGCAAUGCGCGCACGCGACACCUGGCGAGGUGGCACGCAGACGAGGCGGUCAAAUCAGCGCAGCUGUACGCAGUCGACCCCGAUGCGGCGCGGCGCGCCGCUCAGAUCUUGGUCAACGAAUGCGGCGUGCAGCACGUUGACCUGAACUUUGGCUGCCCGGUCAAGAAGGUGACUUCUCGCGGCGGCGGCGCGGCGCUCCCGCUGCGUCCCCGGCUGUUCCGCCGGCUCGUGGCCGCGGCCGCUUCCGGCGUGGGGGGUGCGGCGGCGCUGACUGUCAAGCUGCGGAUUGGCCUGGCGCGGCGGCCUGAGGAGAUGACGUACUUUCUUGAGGCCGGGCAGAUAGCCGAAGAGGAGGGCGCCGCCGGUGUCACGCUGCACGCGCGGACUGCCGAGCAGCUGUACUCGCCGCCGGCGGACUGGGAGGCGAUACGGCAGCUUGCCGCGGAGCUGAGGAUCCCUGUGAUUGGCAAUGGGGACGUGUUCGAGGGCGCGGACGCGAUACGGAUGAUACGAGAGACGGGCUGUGCCGGCGUGAUGAUUGGCCGUGGCUGCCUUGGCCGCCCCUGGCUCUUCUCUGAAGCAGCGGCUGCGCUCUCGGGCGACACGGCACGCUGGCCGCCGCCGCCGCCACCAAACCUGGGCGGGGUGCUGCAGGCGGCUCUCCGCCACACGGCAGACCUCGCGUCCUGGGAGGGCGACGAGCGCUCGGCCGUCCUGCAGAUGCGGAAGCUGAUCGGGUGCUACCUGGCGGGCUUCGAGCGCCAGGAUCUCGCCGGGCGCCUCUACGCCGCCCGCAGCCUUGCGGAUUGGGAGGCGGUGGUCGGGGAGCAUGGGGCGGACGCCGCGCCGUUCCCGGCGUCCGCGCUGCGCCUGCCGCGGCUGAAGGGCGGCGGCGCGGACGGGCGGCCGGCGGCGCAGCGCGUGUCGCUGCCAGCGGGGUGGCUGGAGGGGCGGGACGACGAGCGGGUGCCCGGGUACCUGACGGGGGAUGCCUGCGAGGGGUGA